GAGAGAGACGCAUCAACAAACGGACGGGCGGCGGAGGGGACACGAGAAAAGGAGAGAGGGAAAAAAACGGUCACAUUUGUCAGGCACCUGAAAACGUGCUGGUUAUUUCAGGACGCGUGUUGCUUAUUGAUGAGUGGGGUGUGUUUAAACUACUUGCACUCUAAUCGUGUUUUCAUGGUGACUGUACAUGGCAAGGAGUUCAGUGUGACAGAGGAAUCCCUUUGAGCCACACGUCCGUAGAAAGCCAUUCACCUCGGAGUUUUUUUCUGGUAGGAAUACAGCAUUGCUCUAUUCCUCCUACUUAAGAGUUUUUGCUCUGCUGACCGGAUUUUCUCAAGAACCCCCCAGACCAAUCCCCUGUGCACAUUUUUGUGAUUUGUGGGAUACACUCUCUAUGCCUUGGCAGUUCAGGACUCUUUCACCUGUGUCUAGCAAACUCCUCGUCAGCGGCAAACUGAGGCGCUAAACAAAACCAGAACAACGGAAGCAACGUCUGCCUAUCUACUAGGAAACAUGGAGAAUAGCCCCGGAGGUGGUGUCAUCCUUUAUGCCGGCUCCUCUGGCAGUGCCAGCCCAAGUCCUGGCAGCCCAUCCAGUGGAUACCAAACCCAGUCGCCCUCCUCCCACUCGCAACCCUCAUCCCCCGAGGGUAUCUCCUUUCAGGAGAUUGGGCCCAUGAAGCAGCGAGGGGAGCAAAGGGGAGGGACGCCUUCCCCGAAAAUGGUCUUCCAAUUUCCAGAAGUCAACAAUGCUCCAGCUGCCCAAGUUACAACUGUGUCAUCGGCCACCUACAGCCAUCCCACAGUGGCCAAAAGACCUUGUGGGUUUACUAGCACCUUCCCAAAAACCGGAGGGAUGGUGCUUCUAUGCAAAGUGUGUGGGGACAUCGCAUCCGGAUUCCAUUACGGCGUCCACGCCUGUGAGGGCUGCAAGGGUUUUUUCAGACGCAGCAUUCAGCAGAAUAUCCACUACAAGAUGUGCGUGAAGAAUGAAAACUGUCUCAUCAUGCGCAUGAACAGAAAUCGCUGCCAACACUGCCGCUUUAAGAAGUGUCUCUCCGUGGGCAUGUCCAGAGAUGCUGUGCGUUUUGGUCGCAUUCCCAAACGGGAGAAACAGAGACUCUUGGAUGAGAUGCAAAGCUAUAUGAACAGUCUAAAUGAAUCUGCCUCCAUGGAGAUGGAGAUGUCACCUCCCUCCGACACCCACUGCAGCCCAAAGAACCAGACCAACGAAGGAGCGGGCUCCGCAAUGCAGUCGUACCAGAGCGACUUAAUAAACAGCGAGAGGAAAACUCUCAAGAGACCCGCCAGCAACAGCAACAUUGGAGCUACUUUCCACAACGCUCCUGCGCAGGUGCAGGAAGCGGCCGCAGCACAGGCGCACCACACGUUCCAGGGAGACCUGACAUCGGGAUACGGCGUCCCCUCCAAGUGUCCCGUCGCCCACAGCAACAACGACAACGCAUCCAAUAAUAACGCCAACAUUUCCAAGUACAACUUCAGCAAUCAAAAUCAGUGUCCCGUUCGUGGCGGCCUUUCAUCUCAGCACUUUGCGGGCAAUCAGAAGACUGAUUCUCAGAACCAAAAUUCCUGUCCUUGGAAACUAAACGGUGGAGCCAAAGUCUUGGCGUGUCCGCUCAACUCUUGUCCGGUGGCUCCGGCCAGUCGCUCCAGUCAGGAAAUGUGGGAGUCCUUUUCGCAGUGUUUCACCCCUGCCGUCAAAGAAGUGGUGGAGUUCGCAAAGAGCAUACCGGGCUUCCAGACUCUCAGCCAACAGGACCAAGUCAUGCUACUCAAAUCUGGCACUUUCCAGGUGCUGAUGGUGAGGUUCUGCUCAUUAUUUGACCCCAAGGAGAGGACCGUGACCUUCCUCAAUGGGCAGACAUACUCCCUGGCAUCGUUACGGGCGCUGGGCAUGGGUGUUUUACUGGACGCCAUGUUUGAUUUCAGCGAAAAGCUCGCCUCUCUGGGUUUGGAACCAGACGAGAUGGCUCUUUUCAUGGCCGUCGUGCUUGUUUCAGCUGAUCGUUCUGGUAUCGUGGAUGUGGGAGCGGUCGAGCAACUGCAGGAGAACCUAAUCAAAGCUCUGCGCACACUAAUUACGAGUCGCCGGCCGGACGACAGCACCCUCUUCCCCAAGCUGCUGCUACGUCUGCCGGACCUGCGAACCUUGAACAACCAGCACUCCGAUAAGCUUUUAGCGUUCCGCAUUGACCCGUAAACGAGCACGAGGCCCGCUGAGAUAUCUGCUUCGGUGGGUGGGGGGGGCUUCUUGGCUUCCUAUUCAAGCCGGGCCCGCCGCAGAUGUCGGCCGGCCCCUGCGUGACGGAUGCUUGUUGUUGGAACUUGGCCGAGUGCGAUGGCGUGAGAGAGGGGACUCUUCAAAAGCUCAGCAGGGGAGGCGGAAGCCCUUGAACUCAACCGAUUGCUUGCUUCCAAGACUGUCAGUUAAACGACUUCAAACUAUGUUCUUCCUGGUUGGUUCACCAAAUGCUGACCUCUCCUCCCUGAAGUUCUCUGUCGGUCUAUUGUCCUCUAAUCCAACUAGGCAGCAAAGCACACACACACACUCCAGUGGCUUGUACAAACCUUCACCAAUGACGAAUUUUGACUGUACAUUCUCACCUCACCUAUAAAUGGCAUGCUCCAGACAUCAACAAGUCCUUCAACCCAGAGUAGAUGAGAGCAAUAGAGAUGAAGCCAAGCUAAAAGAAUGGUUCAUCUGUGCUCCCAUCAGCUAUUUUCACAUCAUGAGUAAAUCACCUUAUUGUGGAAUGAGAGAUAUAUAAUGAUGUAUUUUUAAGAAAUGAAAAUAAGUUGUAUUGUGUCGCUAUGUGCUAAUCAGGGAGAAAUUAUUGGUCGCUCAGACCGAGUCUGAUGGGUUUUCACUGAAUAUGUUCUUUGUAAAUUUUUGUAAAUAUUAUGCUUGGUUGGUAGUAUGAAGAGUCUUGGAUAUGUUAAUGAAGAUGUUAAGUAUUGCAUUAAGCCAGCAUCAUUAACAAUAUAUUAUAAAUUGCUCCAUAAACUGCAUUUGAACCAUGCACUCUGAAUAUAAACUUUUUAUUUGAGAAUAUAUGAACGAACUAAAUGUAUUGUCAAUUGACUGCAUCACUUGUGUAUAUUUUGUAACUGUUUUGUGGUUACACCAUAGAGUACUAUUAUUAAAUAAUGUUAUAGAGAAA